AUGGCCCCUGUAGACCAUCAGGAUGUUUCUGAAGAGUACCAUUUGCAUCGGGCAGCCGAAAUACGGCUUGAAAAUGGCUCAUUUGGUGAGAAAUUGCGAGAUGUCAGCUAUUUAACGUUUUUACUGAUAGGUAUUGCCUUGUUGUGGCCUUGGAACGCAUUUUUAAGUGCAUCUCUGUACUUCCAACACGACGUGUUCCACGAUGAUACGAUAUAUGCCAAGAUCUAUAUCAGCACCAUGAUGUCGGUUUCAACAAUAUCGUCUGUGGGCUUUAACUUUUGGCUUUCGAAAAGACAACACAGCUAUGCGGUUCGGGUGACACGAGGGCUGUUGUGGGAAAUGUUGGUGUUUGGAAUGCUUGGAAUCUUUGUGUUGGUACAUGGAAUUUUCGCGUUGUGGUUUAAUUUUGCAUUUUUGAUGGUAAUGGUGAUGAUCAGCUCUUGCGGCACGGCCAUGACUCAAAAUGGCGCAAUGGCGCUGGCAAACGUGCACGGUCCGCAGUAUAGUCAGGGGGUUAUGAUGGGUCAGGCCAUUGCGGGCGUUUUGCCCUCACUUGUACUAUUUGGAGUUUCGUUCAUUGGAGAUCCACGUAACCAAAGCGUUGGAGGAAUUUUUGCCUAUUUCUGCACCACAAUGGUGGUUUCUAUGGCGUGCAUUACUCUGUAUCGGUUCAGCACAGUGGCCAAGGCCGACAAACCGGAACUGUUGGUUGGCGAGGCGGGGAAUCCCGAAACUGAUGCAGUUGCGUUCUCAACUCUAUUCGCAAAGCUCAAAUACCUGGUGUUGUCAAUUUUCACUACUUUUGUAGUGACUUUGUUGUUCCCGGUUUUCGCUGCAAAUACGUUUGUGGUUGGUUUGCCUUUGCAAAACGCUCAAUACAUUCCAUUCAUCUUCACGGUAUGGAAUCUGGGAGACCUGUACGGCAGAUAUAUCUCCGAGAAACAAUUUUUCCAGUCGUCCAAAUUCACGCCAUUCACAACUUUCCUGUACUCGGUUUCCAGAAUUGCGCUUGUUCCAUUGUUUUUUUGCUUCAAUUUGAACGAUCGUUUGAAGUCAUCCUCUACUGUGAUAUCGGAUCUAUGUUAUAUCUUGUUGCAGUUUGUGUUUGGACUCACCAACGGGAAUGUGAUGUCGGUGAGUUUUAUGAAGGUGAGUCCCGCACUCAGCUCCGACCAGGAGCGUAAAGCUGCUGGCGGCUUUACCAACAUUUUCCUUUCGUCAGGUCUAGCGUUUGGUAGUUUGCUCAGCUACGCAUGUGUGUUCGUCGUGACUGCCUACAGUAAAAAAGAGGUUUGA